AUGGCUUCCUCUGCUGCAGCAAUCCCUCCUCAGGAAAAGUAUGAUGUGUUUCUUAGUUUCAGAGGUGAGGACACCCUCUAUACUUUUACCAGCCAUCUUUAUGCUGCUUUAUGCUCAAAGAAAAUCAAAACCUGCAUAGACGACAUACUUGAGAGAGGAGAGCAAAUUGCACCUGCCCUUUUCGAAGCAAUUGAGGCAUCAAAGCUUUCGGCGAUCAUUUUCUCGAAAAACUAUGCUUCAUCCACAUGGGAGGAGUUGGAAAAACAUGGACUAAAGCACUUGCGAAAUGUCCUUCGUGAGAUAUUAAACGAAAAAGAUCUAACUAUUGACACUCCAUCCAUAGGAUCAACUUCUGCACGAGAAAGGCUCAGCCAUACAAAGGUCCUCAUUGUUCUAGAUGAUGUGAAUGAUUCAAAACAAUUAGAACUUCUAGUUGUUGAUUAUGUCCGGUUUGGCCCUGGAAGUCGAAUCAUUAUAACAAUAAGAGAUAGGUGCCUACUUAAGAAAUUGGUUGAUGCUGAUAAGAUUUACAAGGUUGAGGGAUUAUAUUAUUUUGAAGCUCUUGAGCUCUUUUAUUUGCAUGCUUUGAAACAUAACUGUACUGAAACAUGUUAUACAGAGGUUUUCAGAAUGGUGGUCGAUUAUGCCGUAGGCAUGCCAUUAGCUCUUAAGAUUUUGGGUUCCAUAUUCCUUCACUGCAACAGCAAUGAAGACUGGAAAGAUGAAUGGAAUAAGUUGAAAACAUUUCCCAACCAAGAUAUUGAGAAUAUGUUGAGACUAAGUUAUGAUGGAUUUGACAAAAAUGCAAAGGAGAUAUAUCUUGAUGUAGCAUGUUUCUACAAAGGGAUGACAAUAGAUUUUGCAAAGGAAAUGAUAGAUAUAAGUGCUUUAUUUGCGGGUGGAAUUAAAGUUCUCAUUGAUAAGUCUCUCGUAUCAAUUUCAAUAUGGAACAACCUAGAGAGGCAUGAUUUGGUUCAGGAAAUGGAAAAUCUUGUUGAGCUUCGAAUGCAAGGCAGCAAAGUUGAGCAACUUUGGAAUAGAGACCAGAAUCUUGAGAACUUAAAAGUGAUGGAUCUUAGUUUCUCUACUCAUCUUACUAAAGUCCCAGAUCUCUCUCAAAGUCGAAAAUUGUGUCUCAAAUAUCUUCCUCUGAUGCCAAGCAACAUUGAAUUCUUAAAUUUGUCAAGAACUGCAAUAAAGGAAUUGCCUUCAUCAGUUUGGUCUCACGAAAAGAUUUCUUACUUGGAUAUUCGAUUUUGUAAUGACCUUAGGAAUCUCCCAAGCAGCACCUGUAAGCUGAAACUACCCUCCUCCAGUUUCAGUCUAGAGGAAUGCUCAUGUCUUGGCAAGUUUUCGGAGCUUCCAAGAAAUCUUGGAGCUAAGGAAGAUUUGAAUUAUCUUAGUUUAAAAGGAACCUCUGUUAAAGAGCUGCCUCCAUCAAUCGAAUACUUCCCAGAAAUAUUGGAGCCUAUGGGACAUCUAAACAUUCUGUCGUUGAAAGGAACAGCCAUUAAAGAGCUACCCUCAUCAAUCGAAUGCCUUUUUGGUCUCAUGACAAUUGAACUGACAAAUUGCAAAAGACUUCCCAGAAAUCUUGGAGCCUAUGAAAGAUAUGAAGAGUUUUCAUUAAAGGGAACACCUGUUAAAGAGCUGCCCUCAUCAAUUGAAUGUCUCUUCGGUCGCAUUAGAAUUGAACUGAAAAAUUGCAAAAGGCUUGCGAGUCUCCCAACGAGCAUUUGUAAGUUGAAAUCUCUUCGAGAACUUGAUCUUACUGGUUGCUCUGAAUUUGAAGACUUCUCAGAAAUUUUGGAGCCUAUGAAAGAUAUGAAUUUUCUUUCGUUAAAAGGAACAGCUGUUAAAGAGCUACCCUAA